UUGAAAGUUUAAUUAGUUGUCUAAAGGUCUGUUCUCUUAAACUCUUUUAGCUUUAAACAUCAAAUUUCUCCUAAAUUUUUAAUUUUUUUUUACCAUCUUUAAGGGUGCGUUCUCUUCAGUUUAAUUUCAUUUCAGUUCAGUUCAAUUUAGUUAUACUCUAAUCAGUUCAACUCCUAAUUUAUUUUCUAUGUACAGUUCAAUCCAGUAAAUUAGAACUAGGCUAAGUUUAGAAAAUUAGGGAAGAAAGGUUACAAUAAAAAAAUCCUGAUUUAAAAAAAAAAAAAAAAAAAAAGAUAUAAUGGAUCUAUUUUGUCACCUAUCCAUUCUUUCUUUGUUCCUGCAACACCUCCCCUUCUUCUCCCAUCAUCUCUCUCUCCUCUGUUCAACUGAUCGUGACGCAAUAAUAUAAUCUCUGUAAUCGAGGAUCUGAUCCAAUAAUCCCUAUCUUCUAUCUUUUCUCUCUCCUCAAUUUCAUCAUUACCAACUUUGUAAUUUCCAAUUUUCCCUCCAAAUUAUCAAUUCCCCUGCUUCAGAUCUGUUCAUCAAUUUUCUUUUUUCUCAAUUGAUGACAUUUUUUGCUCUUUGUUCUUGCUAAAUUUCCAAACUUUUGAUCGAUUUUUUAGCUGGGUUUAAAGAAUAAAGUUUGAUUUUUUUUGUGGGUUUAGUGAAAUUUGGUGAAUAAAGAUAAAAUAAAAGUCGAAUUAAAAAGGUGGGAUUUUGAAGAUGUUUCUAUUUGGAGUAAGUUCGAGGAUGCAAUUUUUCUGGGGAUUGAUGAUAAAAGCUACGCUUUGAUUCUAAUUUCUAUCUAUAUUUGCUGCCAAUUUUACUGAAUUUUCUUUCUGGGGUUUUUAAUUCAAAGGUAAUGGCAACACAAGUCGAGCCUCCAAAUGGUGUUAGAUGCCCAGGGAAGCAUUACUAUUCAAUGUGGCAAGCUUUGUUUGAGAUUGAUACAAAGUAUGUGCCCAUUAAACCCAUUGGUCGGGGUGCAUAUGGAAUUGUUUGCUCGUCCAUAAACAAAGAGACGAAUGAGAGAGUUGCUAUAAAGAAGAUCCAUAACGCUUUUGAGAAUCGUGUUGAUGCACUGAGGACAUUGCGCGAAUUGAAACUUCUUCGGCACCUUAGGCAUGAUAAUGUGAUUGCUUUAAAGGAUGUCAUGUUGCCAGCCCAUCCAAAGAAUUUCAAGGAUGUGUAUUUGGUCUAUGAACUUAUGGACACAGAUCUUCAUCAGAUUAUUAAGUCCUCUCAGGCUCUCUCGAAUGAUCAUUGUCAGUACUUCUUGUUUCAGUUGCUGAGAGGUCUGAAGUAUCUCCACUCGGCUAACAUCCUUCAUCGUGAUUUGAAGCCUGGAAACCUUCUUAUAAAUGCAAAUUGUGAUCUAAAAAUUUGUGACUUUGGAUUGGCUCGUACAAGUAGUGGCAAGGGUCAAUUUAUGACCGAGUAUGUGGUGACACGUUGGUACAGAGCUCCCGAACUUCUGUUGUGCUGUGACAAGUAUGGAACCUCUAUUGAUGUGUGGUCUGUUGGGUGCAUUUUUGCUGAACUUCUUGGUCGUAAACCAUUGUUCCCAGGUACCGAGUGUUUGAACCAACUAAAAUUGAUAGUUAACAUCCUUGGUAGCCAAAGAGAUGCUGAUCUUGAGUUUAUUGACAAUCCUAAGGCCAAAAGGUUCAUAAAAUCGCUCCCCUAUUCUCCUACUGCUUCUUUGUCUCGCCUUUACCCAACUGCCAAUCCUUUAGCCAUUGACUUGCUACAAAAGAUGCUCGUCUUUGAUCCAACAAAGAGAAUUAGCGUGACUGAGGCUCUCCAACACCCGUACAUGUCUCCUUUGUAUGACCCUCGAGCUAACCCUCCUGCACAAUUCCCUAUUGAUCUCGAAAUUGAUGAAGAUUUAGACGAAGAAAUGAUCAGGGAAUCAAUGUGGCAGGAGAUUAUGCAUUACCAUCCAGAAGCUGUCAACCAAAAUAUGGAAUUAUGCGGAUAAGCUCUUUAUAUUCUGUGGUAUGGUGAUCGAGACCUAUGAAGAAUAUUUAUUUUCGGUAGGAGUUUCAUCCUUAACUAGGUUUCUUUCUUAAGAUUUUACCUGCUUUUAUAAUCUUAUUAAGGAAAUAUGCAAGAAUAGUUUGUGCUAUUGAUGCAUGUUCCGACUGUCUGAGGCUUAUCUUCUGUGUCUAGAGUUUCUCAUUUGUUGUGUUUUUGUUGACUGUUGUAAUGUGAAUUGUACAUAUUCGUGUUUACGAAUUCCUGUUGUAACCUGUUUCUCCCCCUUCUCUUCAACCUCCACUGUAAAUUAAGAUGUAAGUCUAACCUUGUAUUAAUGUAUGUUCUCUUUCUCUUCCUCUCGAAGUCGAUGGAAGAAACAUAAUUACUCCUUA